AUGAACUUCUUCAACUUUAGACAACCAUCGCAGCCAGGUGCAGCUUGGCACUCUGUCGGCCUUACUUCCGCGCUCCCUGACCUCAGCUUAGACGAUGACGACUGUCAAAUCACGCAAGCAUGUAGAGCAUUCACCAUCCCCAAGACAGCCGGUCCGCAGGAUGCUCCGGUAGAAGCGGACAUUAAUCUACCAGGAGAAGACCUGAAAGAUCAGGUCCUGGUGUUCAAAUAUAAGGGGAAAGUUCAUGCCAUUGAUCAUCAAUGCCCUCACCAAUCAUUCCCACUUUCAAAGGGAAGUCUCUUUGACAUUGAGGACUUCGGCAUCACGCUCAGUGCCGGAAUUACAUGUCCCAAACACGGCUGGUCAUUUGACAUUUUCUCCGGGCAGGCGGACCGUGGCAACUACAAACUCAAGGUCUGGGAGGUGCAGCUGCGCGAUCCCAGGACGUCGACUGCCGAUAUAACCGACAAGGAGGUUUGGGUGAGGCGAAAACAACGAAUCGGCUAA